GGCCGGUGCUCUAUCCACUGAGCCGAACCAGCUAGGGCUGCUUUGCUUUUCAGUAUCUUCAGCCUUUGGUUCUAACCAGAGGGAAGAGAGGAAACACCAUCAGGAAAGAAGGCCACUUCUUACGCUCUUGCUAUGGAGUUUAGCACAUAAUAAUGUUGUGGGUCUUUUGUUUGUUUGUUUUUAAGAAAAUCAUUCUUCCCAUCAGCCCACCAACCUGGGGUGAUGUCCCCAUUUCACAGAGGAAGAUACUACUGAGUCUCAGAGGCUCUCCCGGGCCCCAGCUUCCCCAGGAGCACCACCCUCCAGCUUCUCCCCCAGGAAAGCAGCCACAGACCCUGCCCAGCUGUGGUCCCUGGAGUGUUUACUGUGUCGGCUGGACCAGGCAGGCGGGGGCGGACAAAGUCCGGGGAAUAUAAAGGUCUGGCAGCAGCGUCCGGUCAGUCACAGCUCAGAGCACAAGGAGCACAGCUUUGCCCGGGCAGAGCCCCACGACACCGCGCUGCCUGCGAUGCUGUUGAUGCUGCUGACGCUCUCCUGGCUGCCGUCGGGGGGCGCCCUAUCUCUUGCCCAGGAGCACCUCCCGGUCUUCCGGGGACCCUCACACGCACACUCCAGUCCGGACAUCUCCAGGUUCCAGGAGUUGAGGAAACGCUACGAAGAUUUGCUGACCAGGCUUCGAGCAAACCAGACGUGGGAAGACUCGAACCCUGACCUCAUCCCUGCCUCUCACGUCCAGAUACUCACCCCAAAGCUGAGACUUGGACCAGGCGGCCACCUGCACCUGGGCAUCCCCAGGGCCAACCUGACUAAGGGGCUCCCCGCAGCCUCCCGCCUGCAUCGGGCCCUGCUCAGGCUGUCCCCGACGGAGUCGGGCUCGUGGGAUGUGACGCGGCCGCUGCAGCGUCAGAUCGGCUUCGGUGUCUCCCGGGAGCCCGCACUACGUCUGCACUGGCUGCCGCCGUCUGACCGGCUGCUGGCGGCAUCGACUUCCGCACGGCCCCGGCUGGAGCUGCACUGGCGGCCACGCGCCGGCAGGGAACGCCGCAGCACGCAUGCGCGCGCUCCAGACGGCUGCCCGCUCGGGGAGGGCCGCUGCUGCCGCCUGCGGAGCCUGCGCGCAACGCUGGACGACUUGGGCUGGGCCGACUGGGUCCUGGCCCCGCGCGAGCUGGAUGUGCGCAUGUGCAGCGGCGCGUGCCCGAGCCAGUUCCGGUCGGCGAACAGGCAUGCGCAGAUGCUGGCGCGUCUGCACCGCCUGAAGCCCGAGGGCGUCCCUGCGCCGUGCUGCGUGCCCGCCAGCUACGAGCCCGUGGUGCUCCUGCACCGGGACAGCGAGGGCCGCGUGUCCCUCACGCCCUACGACGACCUCGUGGCCAGCGACUGCCACUGCUUGUGAGCGGACCUAGACCUUCAUCGACGGCCGCGCGCAGUGGAGGCGACCUCAGUCCUUGCCUGUCCAAUGGAAUGGAGUGGGACCUGAAACAUACCAUUAGAACCACUGCUGUCUGCGGCCUGCCGUCAAAAACAAAGUUUUGAUACGUUGAUAUUUAUUAUUAAUUUAUUGGGGUUACUGGCCUGCGGACCAGAGAGCUGGGGAGGGCUGAUCCAGCAGGGUGUACGUUUAUUUAAACUGUGGUAAUAAAAAUGAAUUU